AUGGCCCUCGGCGUGAAGGAAAGCGUUAGUGGGAAGCUGUUCCAACUAAAGCGUGACGGAUCAGAAGAGCGUGUAUGUGGUGGCAAAGGUGCUAUAUAUCUGAGUAAUAACAAGGUUGCACUACGUUGCUGUGGUAAGACAAGUAUUGUAGCUACACGUCAGACUAAACAGAGCGUCUUGCGCCAUGGCGACGUGCUGCUCUUGGGACUGCGUGACGCUUUUUAUGCCAAUGGAACGCUUACUAAGUAUGAAGUGGUUAAUAUGGAUGUGGUACCAUCGAAAGUGGCACUUCAUGUGUUACCCACACGCGUCCCGAGCAUCACUAUGAGCUCGUCUACCUCUAGUUGCCAUAAAAACACGAGAGUUUCUGCUGCUUCAAGCACGCGACUUGUGUCUUCAUGCUUUUCUCGACAAAAUACUGCUCUGGAUACUGAGAAAUACGAGAAAAAAAUGGUACAAGUUGUAGAAACUGAAGACGCUACAGCAUCCAGUACACCAGAAGACGCUGAAGAGGAAGAAGAGGAAGAGCAGCUGACUCCAGUCAAGAGGCGGCGAGGUAAACGAACACGAGCAAUUGUGGAGUCGGACGACGAAGCAGGUACAAAAGAGGUGGACAAGAUGCAGUAUUUGACGGUAGACUCGGACAUGUCGUCGUCACCUGGAGAAGACGACGUCUUUGAGAAAGAGCUAGAGAGCUCGACAUCUGCUGCUCAAGACUGGAUGGCGGCGUUUGGACGCAACUCAGUCAAGAAACACAAGUCAAACAAGGUUUGGGUGGGCUCGGAUGGAUGGCGCAGUCGCUCAGGUGAAUGUAAAAGCAAGAAAGAAUCUAGCUCAGCAAUGAAGUUUACGAACGAAAUCAGGAGCGAAUGCGACGACUCCGACGAAGACGAACACUACUCUCGAUCUCAUGAUGAAGUCGGUCGAUUACUGGCAGAGUGUGAAGGGAUUGCCAGAAAACUACGUCAGUCGGUGCGGAAUUGGUCGGGUAAUGCGACCAAAUCGACAGCAUUGAGCCCCCCGACAUCGUCUGUGGAUGCUACAGAUGAAGAUGGGGUGGUACACAUGUCGCUGGCAUCGAUCAAUGGUGGAGAUCGACGAGUAAUUACACAGGCCGAUAUUCCGGAUAUUUGUGAGACUCUCGAGCUGAAGCCGUACCAAGUAGUUGGAGUUAAUUGGUUGCUGUUGCUUCAUGAAAAUAAUGUGUCGGGCGUGCUGGCGGAUGAAAUGGGCCUUGGCAAAACCGUGCAAACAAUCGCGUUUUUGCUGCUGCUUAAAUCGCUAGAACAGUUAAACGACCGGGCUGUUGGACCUCAUCUAAUCGUUGUACCAGCAAGUGUGCUGAGUAAUUGGACGCGAGAGCUUGCGUGGAUUGCACCAAAGUUACGCAUUGCCACGUAUCAUGGAUCGAAGGACCAUCGUCGUGAACUGGAGGACGCUCUUGACAGCAACGAUUUUGAAAUCAUGCUCACGACGUACGCUUACUUUGAGCGUGAUACGUGCCAAGAGGAGCGCGCGUUUUUGCGUAGCUUUCAGUUUGGCUAUAUGAUUUUGGAUGAAGGCCACAGUAUCAAGAACUCAAACACAUCGCGGUUUAAGCGAAUUACAGCACUGCGCGCACGAUCCCGCUUAGUCCUGAGCGGCACUCCAAUCCAGAAUAAGCUUAAUGAACUGCUGACAUUGCUGAGUUUUCUCAUGCCACGCAUGUUUGAUCAUGGCUCCGAUGAGCUGUUGAGCUUUUUCGAUGGCAGCGAAGAGAAGAAAUGCGAGAAAGUGCGUAAAAUCUUGGCGCCAUUCAUUCUUCGGCGAGAAAAGAAAUACGUGCUAAGUCAGUUAGUACCUAAGAUUGUCUCGGUCGAGCUUGUCAAGGCGGGCGAGGAUCAGUAUAAUGCAUACACUAGCUUGCUUGAAAGCGUCAUCGAGCGACGAGAGGCACACGCGGCUCUGAAAGCUGCUGCAAAAGAACACAAGAAAAACAAGAGCAAGGAGCACAAAGCUAAUCGUAAGUUGCGAGACUUGAUAGGCUCGUAUGCCUCGCCACCUGGAGGUGAACCUAGCGCGAUAUCCAUCUUUACGCAAUUGCGCAAGGCUGCAAACCACCCAGUUUUGCUGCGCAGACAUUUUGAUUCUGAUGAAGUGUUGAAGACUAUGAGCAGAUGUCUGCAUCGCGCUGGAGCCUUUGGUAAUCAGUGCUCUAUGAGCAGAGUCCGCCAGGAACUUGAGUCUUACAGUGACUUUGAACUGCACGAUCUUUGUGUGCAGUACGAAGCGAUCGAUGAGUUACGGCAGUUACAAUUGCCUAUGGAAACAUUGCUGUCAUCUGCCAAGUUUGCUUUCUUGCAAAAGUUACUCCCCAAACUUCGAAAAGAAGGCCAUCGCGUUUUGAUUUUCUCGCAGUGGACGAAAUUGUUGGAUUUGCUUGAGGUACUCAUGGGCCACAUGGGAUAUCGUUACCUGCGUCUUGAUGGCUCCACCGAUGUCCAAGAACGACAGGGACUCAUCGAUACGUACACCGAAGAAAAAGAUAUCUUCGUUUUUCUGCUGUCCACGCGCGCGGGUGGGCUGGGUAUUAACCUUACUGCUGCAGAUACUGUGAUUCUGCACGACCUUGACUUCAACCCAACCGCUGACGAACAAGCAUGUGACCGUUGUCACCGAAUCGGCCAAACUAAGCCUGUGUCUAUCUACAAGCUUGUGUCGGAAAACACAGUUGAUCACGAUAUUUACAAACUCGGCGAGUCCAAAACGGAGCUCAACCACAAGAUUUUGGACAAGCUCAAUGCACAUGGCGAUGGCAGAAAGAAGAAGUCGGAUGCAGUAACCGUCGAAAUGAUGCUGGCAUCCGUCAUUUCGAAUUAUAAAAAGUGCUCAGAUGGAUAA